UACAAGAGAAAUGGUAGAUUCUUACCAAGGACAUUUGACCCUUGACCUAAGACAUUGGGAGUCCUAAGUCGAAGUUUGAUCUUUGAAAGAUCACUAAGACACUAACCAUGCUGGACUUGAUCGUAUAUGGGAUCCUAGUGGUUCUGUUGGUACAACUGUUGCGUCUGCGCAUGUCGGAUGGAGACCUCAGUCUUAUGUGGUGUGAAAGAUUCGGAGAGAGUCCAACGCAGCUGGCAGGUAAGGUUGUGUGGAUCACAGGUGCAUCCAGCGGGAUAGGAGAGGCCCUGGCUGUGGAGCUGAGCAGGGUGGGGGCCAAACUGGUGCUGUCCGCCAGGAGGGAAGGGGAGCUAAGGAGAGUUAAACAAAGAUGUGUGGAGGCAGGAAAAGUUCCUGAUAAUGAUGUGAUGGUGGUGCCUCUGGACUCUGUUGCCUAUGACACCCAUGCUGGAUGUGUGGAGCGUGUUCUUGCUCACUUUGGCAGAGUUGACAUCCUUGUAAACAACAGUGGUCGUACUCAGCGCUCUGUGUUCUGGGAGACAAGCCUGGACGGUGACAGGUUCAUCUUUGAGGUGGAUGUUGUUGGGCAGGUGUCUCUGACCAAGGCAGUCCUCCCGCACAUGAUGGAGAGGGGGGAGGGGCAGAUUGUGGUGACCAGCAGCCUGUCAGGCAAAAUCCCCACCCCUCGUCAGUCUGCAUACAGCGGGAGUAAGUUUGCUCUCCAUGGCAUGUUUGGGGCAUUGAGGGCUGAGCUCCACUCCUAUGACAUCAAUAUCCUGAUAGCAUGCCCUGGUCCAGUGGAGUCUAAUAUUGUCCAGAAUGCCAUGGUGGGAGAACCAAGCAAGUCACUCAACAUUGAUCCAAAGUUGGAUCCUGUCCAUGUAGACGACAUGGCAGUGUCCCGCUGUGCCAGGCUGUUCACGGUGGGGAUGGCUAACCGACUGGACGAGAUCUGGAUAGCCAAAAACCCACACCUGACUUUCACAUACAUGUAUACAUAUCUACCUUUCAUGAAAAACAGGUUAUUGAAGACUAUGGCCAAACGCGUUAUGAAGAAAACACAGUGAAAAGUGGGCAUCAUCCUCUGCAUUUGCAUUAUGAAGUCAUGUCUUACUGUGACUAUGAUCGCUUGACCAAAUGCUUAUAAUUAGUAUCAGGCUUUAGAGAAAACUUCUAGCUAUGUGAAACCUCAUUGAGUGUGAAAUGUUAUUUUGUGAGACAGAAACAUGAUAUCAAUUUCUCAUUUAAGAUAUUUUAGUAUACCUCUGUUUAAUCAACUGAUGACUCCUUGCUUACAAGUGGUAAAUAUCAAGUUACAUUAGUUCUCAUUAUCUAUAGUAUAGGUAUUUAGUGCACUUAGAUUUUUCUCCCUUAUUGGCAUCAUUUAUCGGUUGCUUGGAUCUGUAAAAUGUUAAACUGGAGGUGUUUUUUUUUAGCAAUACUAUUUAAUGGUCAAUUUGCAGUUUUAAUAAUCAAAUCAAAUCAAAGAUGAAUGAAGAACAGAUAAAAAUCUGAUAUCACAUAAGUAAUAUCAAUGUAAGCAUGUAUGGAUCUUUGCAACAGAUUGUAUACAAAAUUAAAGCUGAAUUCAGGCA